AUGAGUGUGGCUCUGGUGAGAUUUUCCUUUGAGCUGGUUUUCAAUUCUCUGCCUAUAAAAUCUGGCAAUGGCGAUUACAACGAGGUAGAGAACGACCCAACAUUUGUUAACUCACGUCUGCUUUUGAUUAACGCGGCCACUACAUACAACAUCAAUUCCACAAUAGAAGAAACUUUGCAACAAAUAAACAUUAUCACAAAGCAACAACAAAUCAAUACGCUCUCUGAAAAGGCAUUGCACUCGCUUAUUGUUGUGUUGAGACUCCUCAGCGAUAUUGCAGAAACUUGCUGGAAGCACGAAGAGACAGAAAAGAGGAGCCACGCCGACCAGUAUCUGAAUCAGGAUGAUGCCAUAGCCAAAAAUGAUAUUGGAUUUGCCACACAGAAGCCAUGUUUUCACGUUGUUCGCCCAAAGCCGAUCGACCCUGCGGUUGCAGAACGCCUUAUCCAAGCCAUAAGUCGGCUUAAGUUCACUUAUGUCGCUACUCGAGCGUCCCGUAAACCCCCAUCAUCACAUUACACAAGCUCGACGAACGUCGCUUCAAGCCCUAAAAUAGAGGGCACGAAUAACAGCAGUGUCCAAGACUCGUCUCCAUUCCUAAGAAUCAUAGACACAAACCUCGAUUAUUUGGGCCGCUUUGUUUCAGCUGCUAACCCCAAGGAAUUUUGUGAUUUUCUUGAUACGAAAAUUAUCACUCCUUUGACGGUGACACACUCUUCUACCGAAGGCGACAUUAUGCCUUAUAUGGACAUGUUCUCGGCCUUCUAUAUUACGUUUGAUAAUCUGCCGACCUAUCUGCAGAAUGUUUCAAAAAUUUUAGAGUCUCUCAAGAGAACUACCCAUCAAGAAAUGAUGCUAACCUUUUCUUCGCAUGCGCUGAUGAACUGGAUUAUUUCGCGCCCUCACGAGUAUGUUGAGAUCAUAAGUGAUAUCAAGAAUUGUACUAAAGACGAUCCCGCACAUAUCGUGUGCAAAUACUCUUCUUCUCUUUUUGAUGAUGUACAUUCCAACUUCAACGUCUCGUAUCUUCUUACAACAACGAUAAAUGCAAAUGCCGCAAUUUCCGAAUUCAAAAGCUCUCCUUCUUCUUCGGAUGUGCCAUCUCCAAUUUCAUCAUCAGGAAGCAGUUCUUUGUUCCAAUCCGAUACGGCUGAUCUUAGGAAAACGCAUAGUCUAUCACGACGUGACAGUGACCCUCAAAGCUACCUGCCAAAAUGGGAUAUUUUGAAUCCCACAGCAAUAGCUGGCACUAUUGUUCCAGUUGAAGACGUGGCGAAUGUGUCAGUACUGAGGUUCCUAGUUGUGAUGCUCAUGUUCCAACCAAAUACUUUUGAAGAAUUGAAUUUGACAAGUUUUAAGCACAUUCCUGACGAGCAGGAUAUCUUGUCUAAUGUAGUGACUGAUGAAGAAAGGAAGAAAUCGCAACCUCAACUUUCUAAGCCCAGACAAAGUAAUCAUCGAAUGCUUCAGACGCUCAAAUUCCCAACAUUCACAUCGGGUAGCAAAAAAGUGAAGUUUUUAACAUCUUUGAUAAAGAAUGUCAAUGGAUCCUUAGUCGUAUCUGAUACUUCUUUAUUAGAUACAUUGAGAACCCUAGUUCUACUAUUUAGGGUUGCUUCAUCCAUUUAUCUCGCCGAUGAAGAGUCCCCGGUAGUCACUUUUUCCAGAAGGUUACUUUUUGUGAUAGGCGAUGCAUUGCAGCUUUGUGACAUCGGCGUCUCCAAGAAAAACCCCGUCAUAGCGAGGUGCUUGUCUCGAAAUCCCACCUCAUGUGCCAGACUCCAGAUAGCUUUCUUUACGCCAGCUCUAAUCAUGGAUUCUGAUACCUUCACCACCCGCUUGGGCCAUUACUCUCAAAACAGGCAUUCAGGAUACAAGCAUUUGAAAACUUUGACAGAAGGGUUUAAGCUAUUCUAUAGUAUCCCUAACGUUACCAGGGCAAGGUUGGAGAUGGUGAUGAGAUCAACUGAUUUCUUCAAGCGAACCCUUACUGAAAUGUCGGAUGUGAUUUUGACGGCCUCGAAACAUUUCUCGGAUGAUAUUGCAUCUAUUGUGGAAGGAAUUUUGAAUGGGUCAUUGAGGAGCAGCACAGAUGUGCCUAAGGUCGGAAGGUCCCUUUCUCCUCAUUUCCCCUUCAGUCCACAGAACCAGUCCCUUUACCAGGAGGGCAAUAACAAGGUCGAGAUGAGUAGUUUGGCCUCAUCAUCAUCCAUCUCAUCGGGAGGAAGCUCGUACAAUGAGAAGGCUAGUGUUCAAAAAAGCUUCAAUGAAAGAUCUGACAUUAUGGCCCCUCGUGCUAGGCGCCCCUCAGGAUCCUCAGCCGCAGCCAUUGGCAACGUUGGCGCAAAAGUAUCCCAUUCCUCUGAAGGUGAGAAGUCCCUUCCCAACGUAAGGCUGCAACUGGAAAACGUGCAAAAGGGUGCGAAAUCGCCUCUACGUUUUUCGAGAUCUAGAGGGCCUUCAGACGGUAGUUUGCCCGCAUUGAAUACAGUGGCAAUACACCAAAGAACUCUUACAGAGAAUGUUGCGGUAUACAACCAAUCAAUUUCAUCGACAGAACUUGCCAAUGUGAGAGCUACACUGGUCAACAUUAUCUCUGUGUAUGAGUUGAUGAUACAUGAUUAUUUUGUAACCGUAACCGAGUCAGACCCAGCUCAACUUCUUGAGGACUACAUUGCCCUGAUAAAGCCGUUAUUUGUUGGAUUAGUGGAUGACAAUUUUUCCGUACAAGCAGCGUCGAAAUCCUUCGCGGUUAUAAUAGCGUCAUAUGCUCUAAAAUUGGGAAGCGGGAAUUCAACUUCUGAGGCACGCUUAGUAUUGUAUAAAGGUGCAGCGUAUUUGAUAACACUGCUCUCGGCUACGCUAUUUAAUUUGGAGUUGGCCGAUGCUAAGCGAGAGCAACUGCUUGACGUGAUUUUAAAGUUUUUGGAUGUUCGCUUCGAACUUAAAUCAACCUUUGACUCAGGGACCUUAAAAAGUGUGGAACUCGAGACCUACCACUUACUUCACGGUGCCACAGGGCGGGCCCUUUUAGCUUCGCUUUGCACUCAUGAGCCAAAAAUUCACAAACUGCUAAGGACGUGCUUCAAGGCAUUUUUAAGGGAGCUGGACUCCCACGAUGACAUAAUGGGACACGGAGGUGAUAGUAUUAGCUACAACAGAAUGUUUUUCCAAUCGAUGGGCAGAGAUAACUAUGUUUCUUCGGGUGCCGUCGCAUUUCAGAGACGCCUGCGGAGUGACAUACUCAAGCACGUUACGUUUCCUGAUAGAAUGUUGUUUGACACCUUAAAAUUAAUGUACAAUCAAUGGUUGUUCUUUUUACGAAAAGAGAAUUUGAGCAGUGCAGAAGCGAGCCACUUUAGAAACCUUGCUGGUCUCAUAGCAUCUGGCUGCGGUACAUUUUUGAGUAUUGAUCGCAAGUCAGUUGAAAACAACCCUCAAUAUACUAUCAUGCAAGAGGAGGUUACUGAGAUGGUGGACUACUUUUUAUCGAGACAAUGUUCGUGGUUGAAUGAUCCUGCUCUUUUGACUCGUGAAAAUUCCAAAGAUAUCGUAGGCACCGAAUUACACCCUCUAGCCUUCAAGCUACUUUUUAAGCAUCUGAAACUUCUAGCAGACCACCUUGAGACCAUAGAUCUUACAGAAACUCAGGGUCCACCUGAAGCUCAUAGUGAUGCAUCAGUUCUGCUCUUAGAGCAGGUAAUCUUGAUUGUGCGCACAGUAUUGGAGCGUGAAGAUACCAGGGAUGAACUUAUUUUAGUUUCACCUCAAUUGCUCGGUCUAGUUGCUCAGCUAUUUAAAAUUGUUGAGAAUGUCAGCCAUGCCUCCACAAGGUACUAUAAAGCCAUCAUACACUUAUCCAAAUUGCUCAAAUCCUUCGAAGCCACAGAAGGAAGUCUAUGCAUUUCAGGUUAUCUCCUUGUUAAAAAUCAAUGGUUGAGGUUGACAAUAUCGUGGUUCAAAGCAGCAAUUUUUAUGGACUUUGAUCCAGAGAAUUUGGCUCGUCCUCAUCGAGAAAUGGAUCUUAAGCGAAGAGACCUUGAUUAUCUUUAUAUCGAUACCUCUAUUGAGACAUCAAGAGCUUUGGCCUACAUUACAAAAGACUUGAUGUUAGAAGUUCCCUUGUCAAACUCCGAAAGCGAGUUAAAGGGAUCGAAAGCUGUGACCUUCGGGAACUACUUCAGUAUUUUGUUGAAGGGUUUAGAGAAGACAUCAGCUGUGGAGAACUAUCCUUUAACUCUGCGGCACAAGAUAGGUGUCUUGAAUGACAACAUCAACACUUCUUUGACAAACAUCUUGAAUGCAAAUGUAGAUGUUGGUUUGAAAUACGCUCUUCCUCUCGGGUAUUCCAAAAACUUAGGGAUAAAACUUGCGUUUUUAAAAGUUUUCGUUGAAAUUAUUUCUAACUUUGACAUCCAUACUGCCAAAGCGACCAUAGAAAAAAACAAGCUUGUCGAUCGCUACGUUUCACAACUGUUGGUAAGCCCUCGACUUCUAUCUUUAGCGGCAAGAGUGUGUCCAGCGAAUGAAAUUGACGCUUUCGCUAGCAGCUUGCUUGGCAUUUUCGAGAUCAAAAAUGCAUCACACAUCGUUGUUGUGGAAUUAAUGAAGGAUGAGAUUCAGAAUGCUUCACGAUAUGCUGAUGUCUUACGCAGGAACAGCUGUGCUACGAGAGCGCUAUCAAUGCUUUCACGUUUGAAAGGUACUCAAUAUUUAAGACAGACCCUCAAACCAGUAUUAAUGAGCAUAAUAGAAAGUAACGAGGCUUUUGAGAUUGAAAAAAUAACUUUAGAGGAUCCUGAGGCUGAAAAAAAUGUGAAACUUUUUACCAAAUACCUAAAGUUGCUCAUCGAUUCGGUAGCAAACUCUGUAUCGUCGUUCCCACCCGAGUUUUUCCUGAUUUGUCAGGCAAUUUAUCUAAGUGUGCAAGAGAAGUUUCCCGGCUAUGAAUCGGUCGCAGUGGGCUCGUUUAUCUUUCUACGAUUCUUUUGCCCCGCGAUCGUGAGUCCUGACGCCGAAAAUAUUGUGGACGUGGUAACUGCCAAGCAAAAGAGGUCCUUCGUGACUCUCGCAAAGGUUGUUCAAAAUAUAGCGAAUGGGUCAAUAAGCUCUAUGAAAUGGCCCUUGCUUAAUUCGGAGUCUUCAUUCUUGAGACAUUGUGGCGAAAGAGUAAGCAUUUAUCUUUCUGAAAUUGCAAAUCCAAGUAGAAUUGUUUCGAUAAAGCUUCGAAGUGAAAGAAAAGUUGCGGUGAGCGAUUUCAACUACCUUCACAGAUACAUUUAUCAGCAUGGCCUGGAGGUUAGGAGUGAGAUAAUUUCAGAAAUUAAGACUUUGGAGGACUUCGAGACAUCAAAGUCAGCUUCCAGGGCCACUGACAAUCUAUUGACAGCUUUGGGACAACCUCGGAUGGAAUUUCGAAACGAAAUUCCACCUUCUAUAAGAGAUAAAAGCGAUGAAAAUCCGGACCUUUAUGACUUUAUGUCUAGGCACUCUUUAAGAACCUUUGAUUUCAGAGAUGAUAUCCCCUUCAUUCAUGAAGCAGUCUCGUCCGACGGCCACCCGAUUGUUGUUUUUACUUAUAAGCUACUACAGAAGCAAACUUGUGAUACGGAGGCCCUAGUCUAUCGCACAUUUCAAGUAUACUCAAAAAUCUGGAGUUCAAGGCAUUAUUUUGUCAUUGAUUGCACUGGAUUUGAUUCUCCGACUGUGGAAGACAAAAAGCUUUUGGCUUCGUUCUUCAGACUGAUACCUGACGAGGCCGCAAGAAACUGUUCCAAGUUUUAUUACUAUAAUAUGACCGAAGAAUUCACUGCAUGGUGGCUGCCUGUCUUUAAGGGACAAAAUCCUUACUUGGAACCAUAUAAGACGCCUCACGAGUUUAUCAACAGUGACUCCAGCCCAAGCCUAAUAAAGAACCUCAAACUCAACAAGCUUUCUUAUGAGGUUUUUUCAGACGUUAGAGUCACAUUGCGCGAUGUGUCGUUGUAUGACCACGUAAGGGGCCGAUUCACUCCUGUCGUGCUGAAAAUCGGUAACAAAUACGUUCAGAUGAUAUCAGAGACACCUUAUCGCUUUAAGGUUACAGGCAUAGAUGAAGUUGUUGAAUUAAGGUUUAAUGCUGUCUACGAAGUAGGUGGAAUCGUAGCAACAGUGGUUUCCUUCGAAACAGGUGUACCAUCAGAGUUUACUAUAAAUUUUGAUAACGCAACAAAGCUAGUUUUCUGCAGCUCGAAAUAUCUGGAGAUCAUUCGCAUCUUCUAUUAUGCUCAGGCGAAGAUAGAGGAAGAGUAUGAAAACAGUGACUUUGAAAAUGAAAAGCAAAAUUCUCAAAGUGACGAGAAGGAGCUGAACGAAAUUCUUGGCAGCUUGCUGCUAGUUAUCUACGCAGGAUUUUGCAGUGAUAACGACGAGGUCAAAAAUAUUUCGUAUAAUGUUUUGGCUGCAACUCAAAAAUCUUUUGGAAUAAAUUUUGGUUGCAAUUUGCGAGUCUCCCCUGAAGUGCAUGUUCCACAUGACACUUCGGCAUUUUGUGAUUCGUUGUUCAAAGGUCUUUCGCAAACCGCCCCUCAUUUGUCUUUAGUGGUUUGGAAGUCGAUUUUAGAGGGCCUUUCGGGAGUUUUUGAGGUACACCAUAUUCCUCACAUUAUCAGCGCUUUGACACCCUGGACAGAAAAUUUAUACCGUUACGUUUAUUUGGCUGAUGAUGAGAAUGGGCCGGAAAAUGUUUCUCAUAUCAUAAGGGCCUUAAUUAAGCUCAGCGUGAAAGAUGUGAACUUGAUACUGAUCUAUAAUCAAUGCAUCUGGACUACACUGAUCCUUCAGGCUGAUCUAGUCAGUUUGAUCGUUGAUGAGAUAGUGAGUCACUCAAUUGACAGAGAAUCAGAAGGUGGCGACUGGAAGAGUGCUAUCUCGCUUUUGACGAGGGUUUCCACUGUCGAGAUGUGCAGCGAGGUUGUGAAGAGGGUUCUGCGGAUUUCUCGCUCAUUUUUACCUUCUCUUAAAUUGGAAGCUUCGACUAAUAGCUGGUCGGAAUUGAUAAUUCUGAUCAAUAUUCUGGUUGCACUAUUCUUUGAUUCACUAUUGCUUUCACAGUUGUUUCUACCAGAGAUUCUAUAUCUCGUAUCCCUUCUCAUUGACGUUGGACCUUCAGAGAUGAGAUUGGCUCUGCACAAAUUGCUUAUGAAUGUGUGCCAGUCACUCUCCACCAACGAGGACCUCUCCUCUGAGAAAAGGGAGAACUUGGAUUCAGUCAAGAUGACCUUUUCCCGGCAAAAGAUGAGGUUCAUGUCAGGCUUCAGUCAAGAUAAGGGUCGCAUGUUACAGAGCUUCAGCGCCUCUUCAUUUUUGAGUAAGUUCACCACCUUGGAACAGUUUGUGAGCAACAUAAUUUUACUGAUGGAGAACUCGUCAAACGCAGAUAGUCAACAAUGGAAAGCAAAGUACAACAAAUACCUUAUGGACUCAGCCUUCAAUGACGGUUCUUUCUUAUCUGCGAGAGCUGCGAUGAUAGUCGGAAUUAUCGGUCAGCAAGGAAUCUCGGAAUUUCUGUGCAAGAACAUGCUCUCGCAGACAAUAAAAAAUGUGGCAGAGCCGUACAUCAGUGACGAAUUAGUUUUCUUUGUCAUAUCUCACUCUUUCACCUAUAGUAAGGUUGUUUUGGGUAUUCAGCCGGAUUCUCCAUUGCUAAAACAACUAUUUUGGUUAGCCACUACCUUUGCUCAAUCUCCGAAUUCAAUUUUCUAUCAUGGUGGACUAUUGUUUAUGGCAAAUUCUGUCCGGCAAAUAUCAAGUGUUGUCCGAAGCUUUGACAAGGGUUCACUCACAUCCGUCCUCUUCGAUAGUCGAAAAUUUGCAGAGCCCCUGUUAAUUGAGCUUGAAUCCAUGGUCGGAAUCAAAUGGACUAAGCAGAACUUUUCUCAUGUAAUAUUAAACUUGGUGAGUAAGGGCAUGCUGGUUCCUUACAUCAAAACGACGUCAGUGGACUGUCUGGUCCUGUUUUUGACUUUGGCUUACGAAGAUUUGGCUUAUGCACCAAAUGAAGAUUACCUAUGCUAUCUUCUGGUGGUGUAUCAAGUUUCCCGGCCUUCAAAGUUCAAAGCGAUACUGGUGGACCUAAAAUUGGAUGUCGAGCUAGUUUUCUUAGACGAGCAAAACUUUGUACCCAAGGUACUUCUUGAAUGGAUGGUAUCGGAUUCAGAAGCUUCGUUAAUUGCUUUAUACCAAGCGUCGGUAUAUUUUGCCUCGGGUUCAUCCGAUGAGUUGAGUAAGACUCGUUAUCUGUUAUUGUUAGAGCGAUUGUUGAAAGAGAAUCCUCUCAAGGUUAUCAAGAUAUAUGCUCUUAUUCGUAUGGAGUUGAAGCGGGUCUCCACGUUUGACGUUCAAUCAGACUUCCCACAACUGGUAUUUACCAUUUUACAGACCAUUGUUACCAAUAGGGAAUAUGGGUCUUGCGACUCACAUUUCAGUCAAACUAACAGAAUGUUGAAAAUGAGACAUCUUUCUGGCCUUCAAAAUAUUGAGGUUCCUUAUAACUUCAACGACACAAUGGCUGGAUUCAGGUCAAAUCCAUAUGCACUUUACGAAAGGAAAAAGCUGACGGUUAAAAUUAUGUCGCGAAUGAUAAGUUACCGCGAAACCACAGGGUAG